CAGGGGCGCCGAUUUCGAUCAUGUCUACAGCGGGGUGGUGAAUCUCAGCACCGAGAACAUCUACUCUUUCAACUACACCAGCCAGCCCGGCCAGGUAAGACACUCGCUCCCCUCACUUGACUCCUAGAACUUGCCAGAUCUCAGAGCUCCGUCGCUGCUUUGGAGUCCCCUGGGAAUUGACCUUGGGAGACCUCGGGGACCAGGGGACGUUUGUUCCCUUUCUCCUCCGAGGCAAUCACUGCCCUGCCCGAGCUGCCGCAACACGCCUCGGGGACAACUCUGCUUCGCCUCGCGCCUCCCCUGGCCUGGUCACGGGCAUUUCUGGGCUUUGCAGAGGCACCAGUUCCCCGCACCGUCUGCGGGUCCUGGCUCCCUGCUGGGCCUUUCUCCAGGAAAGUCCUGAUUUCUAGGGUUGCGGGGUGUGGUGUGGAGCGCGCAGAAGGACCGCACCUUGGUUCUUAAUCCCCUGCAGGGAAGAAACCUAAUUUCAAGCGGAUGAUUCAGCCAGACCCUUCUAUUUCAUAGCGCAUGGAGAGGGAGAACUGCUCAGAAUCUAAAAUGGAAAUUGUGUGACAAUGGACGGAAGCUGCAAAACCUCUAUGCAUUCAACAGUCACUUCCUGCGUUUCUGUACCAUUGUCACACGUAUGUGCUUCAGAGACGCCAGAAGACCCGGGCAAAGACGUGAGAACUGCAGCCAUCGGCUGCUCCAUCCACGUUUUGAUUUUAAAUAAGGAUGGAUAAUUGUGUGAAAGUUCUAGACCUAUUUUUGACAAGAGUUGAGGGAAGAUAAGGAGGGGAAAAUGUUCCAGUGACUAUCCCUUUGACAUACAUAUUCUGAUUAUAUAAUGGUGGGAGUACCCAUGGACUGGCUGACAUGUUGCACAUGAGGUGUGUUCCUAGCCCUGUGAUUGGCUGGGAGCAGAAAAAAGUCUGAAAACUCCAUGAUUUCUGGAGUGACCGCCGUGAGGGUGUAUGUGAACAGUUCCUCUGAGAAUCUCAACUACCCGGUCCUUGUGGUGGUUCGUCAGCAGAAAGAGGUGCUGUCCUGGCAGGUUCCUCUGCUCUUCCAAGGACUAUACCAGAGGAGCUACAACUACCAAGAAGUGAGCCGCACCUUAUGUCCCUCAGAAGCAACCAACGAGACGGGCCCCUUGGAGCAAUUGAUAUUUGUAGAUGUAGCAUCCAUGGCACCCCUGGGUGCCCAGUACAAACUGCUAGUUACCAAGCUCAAGCACUUCCAGCUCCGGACAAAUGUUGCCUUUCACUUUACUGCCAGCCCCUCCCAACCUCAGUAUUUUCUAUACAAGUUUCCCAAAGACGUGGACUCAGUUGUCAUUAAAGUGGUGUCUGAAAUGGCUUAUCCAUGUUCUGUUGUCUCAGUCCAGAAUAUCAUGUGCCCGGUGUAUGAUCUUGACCACGAUGUGGAAUUUAAUGGUGUCUAUCAGUCCAUGACUAAGAAAGCUGCCAUCACACUACAGAAGAAGGAUUUUCCAGGCGAGCAGUUCUUCGUGGUAUUUGUGAUAAAGCCUGAAGAUUAUGCCUGUGGAGGAUCUUUCUUCAUCCAGGAAAAGGAAAACCAGACCUGGAAUCUACAGCGAAAGAAGAACCUCGAAGUGACCAUUGUUCCUUCCGUUAAAGAAUCUGUUUAUGUGAAAUCCAGUCUUUUCAGUGUCUUCAUCUUCCUGUCCUUCUACUUGGGAUGCCUGCUUGUUGUGUUUGUUCAUUAUCUGAGGUUUCACAGAAAAUCCACUGAUGGAAGCUUUGGGUCCAGUGAUGGCUCUGGAAAUAUGGUGGCAUCUCAUCCCAUUGCUGCCAGCACACCCGAAGGGAGCAAUUAUGGAACAAUAGAUGAGUCAAGCUCCAGUCCUGGAAGGCAGAUGUCCUCCCCCGAUCGUGGGCCACCAGGCCAGUCAGACACAGACAGCUCCGUGGAGGAGAGCGACUUUGACACCAUGCCAGACAUUGAGAGUGAUAAAAACAUCAUCCGGACCAAGAUGUUCCUUUACCUGUCAGAUUUGUCCAGGAAGGACCGGAGAAUUGUCAGCAAAAAAUAUAAAAUUUAUUUUUGGAACAUCAUUACCAUCGCUGUGUUUUACGCACUGCCCGUGAUCCAGCUGGUCAUUACCUACCAGACAGUGGUAAAUGUCACUGGCAACCAGGACAUCUGUUACUACAACUUCCUCUGUGCUCACCCCUUGGGCGUCCUGAGUGCCUUCAACAACAUUCUCAGCAAUCUGGGCCACGUGCUUCUGGGCUUCCUCUUCCUGCUGAUAGUCUUGUGCCGGGACAUUCUCCAUCGGAGAGCCCUAGAAGCCAAGGACCUCUUUGCUAUGGAGUACGGGAUUCCCAAACACUUUGGUCUCUUCUACGCUAUGGGCAUUGCACUGAUGAUGGAAGGGGUGCUCAGUGCUUGCUACCAUGUCUGCCCUAAUUAUUCCAACUUCCAAUUCGACACCUCCUUCAUGUACAUGAUCGCUGGCCUGUGCAUGCUGAAGCUCUAUCAGACCCGCCACCCAGACAUCAAUGCCAGCGCCUACUCCGCCUACGCCUCCUUCGCUGUGGUCGUCAUGGUCACCGUCCUUGGAGUGGUAUUUGGAAAAAAUGAUGUGUGGUUCUGGGUCAUCUUCUCUGCAAUCCACGUUCUGGCCUCACUAGCCCUCAGCACCCAGAUAUAUUAUAUGGGCCGUUUCAAGAUAGAUGUGUCUGACACAGCAGAUUUGGGAAUUUUCCGGCGGGCUGCCAUGGUGUUCUACACAGACUGUAUCCAGCAGUGUAGCCGGCCUCUGUAUAUGGAUAGAAUGGUGUUGCUGGUUGUGGGGAAUCUGGUUAACUGGUCCUUCGCCCUCUUCGGAUUGAUACACCGCCCCAGGGACUUUGCCUCCUACAUGCUGGGCAUCUUCAUCUGCAACCUUUUGCUGUACCUGGCCUUUUACAUCAUCAUGAAGCUCCGCAGCUCUGAGAAGGUGCUCCCGGUCCCGCUCUUCUGCAUCGUGGCCACCGCUGUGAUGUGGGCUGCCGCCCUGUAUUUUUUCUUCCAGAAUCUCAGCAGCUGGGAGGGAACUCCAGCCGAAUCCCGGGAGAGGAACCGCGAGUGCAUUCUGCUGGAUUUCUUCGAUGACCAUGACAUCUGGCACUUCCUCUCUGCUACUGCUCUGUUUUUCUCAUUCUUGGUGAGUUCAUAUCUAUCUUUUUGUGACUUCCUUCUCUCUUUACAUCUUGUACUCUCAUUUUCUUCUUCUGCUCUUCCUUACAUUGUUUUUUUAUAUUCCUCUCUAAUUUUACUUUCCAUUUCCUCCUUGUAAUUCAAUAUACAGACCAUCUUAUUUCUUUUAUAAAUUUUAUGUCCUUUGGUUAGAUCUUUAGUUUUUCUUUUACCCUUCAAUAUCUUUAGACACAGAGGGACAAAAUUAUUUUCCCUAAGUUGCACAGCACAUUUUUUCUGAAUUGGUUAUUAGACCCACAUGCCCGAAAUUCCCCCAGGAACCACUUUUAGCAAUUCCGAUAACAUUGGGUUAUUCUUUCUCAUGCCAUACUGACAUUCCUCCUCCUCCUCCUCCUCAUCCUCCUCCUCCUUCUCCUCCUCCAGUCUCUCUGAAUAUUUCACAAAUAUUUUACAUAUUCCUUAAGUGGCUUGGGAUAGCAGCCACGCCUCUGUUGCCUUCUGAUCAGUCUGUCCCAAAAUCUCUCCUGUAGUUUCUCUGUUUUUUUGCCCCAACCCUUUCUCAGAAGCCAUGCGUAUUUAUAUCAACCCUGAAUUAUAGUUCCAUCCUUUAAUCCUAACUUUGACUUUCCCCAAUUAAAAGUCCAUGGUGCCUGUAGGCGGGUUCAAUCGACAAUUAACAACCCUACUAGACUUCAGGCCCCAGACCUACUAGACGCCCGGGCUCCACGCUAAGCGGGCUCAGGCGGGCCAUAUAACUUCAAGAGUGGAGCAGGGCUACCCCCUAGUGGCCAGUUUGGGAAGCUUAGCCAAUCUGUAUAAGCAUUCCUUGUCUUUUACUUCUGAUUGUCACCUUCAUGAGAGAGACAGAGACAACAAAAGUGGAACCAAAGGUUCCACGUGGGGACAGUAGUAGUCGAGGGAACUAGAAAUGGAGGAGAAGGGUACAUUUCUUAUAUAGCAACACUCUAUCCAACAGGACUUCAUUCCCUUUGACUCUUGACCUAAAUGUCCGCUAAGUAAUGACUUCCCAGGCCACCCUAUCAAAAUUUUUUACCUCCCCACACCUGAUACUUCCUAUAUUCCCUCCAUUAUUUAACUUAUAUCCUUAGCACUUACUACUAUCUAACGGGCUAUAUUUUACUCAUGUAUUUGUUUCAUGUCUAAAGCCCUCUUUAGAAUGUAAGCUACAUGGAGAAUAGGGAUUUUUGUCUCUUUCAUUACAAACUAUAUCUCCAUAGCAUCUGGAAUAGCACAUCAUAAACCUUCAUGAAUAUUUGAAUUAAUUGACAAAUGAAUUGUAUAAUUAGAGUAAGUGCCUAUUAAGAGCAAGGGAUUGCAGAGAGCUGCAGAAGGGAUGAGAAUGAGAGGGAACUAACAGUUUCCAGUCUGUGGGCAUCUCAGAGAGAAAACAGGACUUAGUGUGGCAGUGACUGUCCAUUCCUUUCAUUUCUCUGUCCCUCUCG